AUGUGGAUGUUAAAAACUAGUGUGAUAAUCCUGGCUGUAGUGGUGUCAGCAUCAGCCAAAUCAAAGAGGUUCACUAGACUGCAGAGUGAUCCCUUGACAACAACGAGAUGUGACCUUAUAUGUUUUGAUGCGAGCAAAGAAACUAAAUCUCAGUGUCGGUCAGCUUGUCGUUCAGAGACACAAAAGCCAGGAACGUGUCCUGAUGGAGACGAUCCUCGCUGGAUGGCCGCUUGCCUCGAAGCAUGUAAUCAUGAUUCUCAAUGUGACGGCACCCAAAGAUGCUGCAAGCAUGGAUGCAGUUCAACAUGCAGUGAACCCAUCGAUUUAUUGACGAUACCGAGCCUUCCAGCGAUGCCGUCAAUAGAAGAACCAAAAGAAAGACGUCGGGCAGUUCAGAUUAAAUGGACAGAUGGUGUUGGUGAUGAAGCGAGAUCAGUUCCAGGUAGAGUUCUUUACCUAUUGGAAGAACAACAUCACCUUGGCCCCAACUACGAUGAAUCACGACUUGGAGAGUGGAAUCUCCUGAUGAGAACCAAUAAGACCAAAGUGUCUCUACGUAACCAGUUGAAACCAGGUCGUUGGUAUCGUUUCCGUGUAGCUGCAGUGAGUGCGUCUGGUACAAGAGGAUUCUCUGAACCUAGCGCUCCCUUCACCCCUCGUAAAGGACCACGCCCUCCACCUCCGCCAAAGAAGCUAAAAGUGGAACAUGUCAGAACAGACAAUGGUACUGUAACAAUACGACUGGAAUGGAAAGAGCCAAAAUCUGAUUUACCAGUGAUGAGAUAUAAAGUUUUCUGGAGCAGACGACUUCGAGGUCUCUCAGGGGAGUUGGAUUCUGUUGUCGUUAAUCAUCAAACUGUGCCAAAGGAUCAAACUUUCGUUGAAAUAAGUAAACUACAUCCGAAUUCAAUGUAUUUCCUCCAAGUACAAACAAUAAGUGCAUUUGGUGGUGGAAAACUACGAAGUGAAAAGGCUGAAAUUUUUUAUAACACAACGAGUUCUGAACACCCACCUCAAGCUUUAAAAAGACGAAUAGACAACUCCGUAACAGGACUCAGAUUAAACAAACUUAUAUGGCUGAACCAUAAAAUUAAAGCUAAAUUGUCAUGGGAAUUACCUCCAGGCGCAAAGGGACAAUCUCGAAGAUAUUUUGUGCACUGGACAACUCUGUCCUGCCAACAUCCAGCAACAGAAUUGAAGGAAUUUUCAGCUGUAACUGAGCAAACCAGCUUUGAAAUAUAUGAGUUGGAUUACAAGUGCAAAUACAAAGUAAACGUGAACAGAACUCCGAACAACGAUACUCCAGACUCCGAAUACAUUUUAUCAGUUCCUGGAUGCGACUAUUUUAAACGGAAAUUUAAUAGCUCCAUCGUCAAAUGUAAAGCAUAG